CUCUCCUUUUCCAAGGAAAAAAUAUCCUUUCCCAUAAAAUAAAAUUUUAAAAUGAAAUAGAAAAAGGAAAACCCACAAAAGAACUGUGCCAAGCUAUAUAUAUAUAUACUCUCUCCUAGACACUAAAUCAUCACACACUUCUACUCUCACAGCCAUGGCAACCUUAUCCUUUGUUGCCUUCUCACUAUGCCUCCUCUUCUUCUCCUUAGCCCAAGGCCUCAGCAACAACCCCCAAUGUAGUGAGGCCAAAGACCAGGGCUCUAACCUUCAAGUCUUCCAUGUCUACAGCCCAUGCUCUCCUUUCAGACCCACCAAACCAAUGUCAUGGGAGGAGAGUGUGCUCCAAAUGCAGGCCGAUGACCAGGCCAGGCUCCAGUUCUUGUCCAGCCUCGUGGCCAAGAAAUCGGUUGUUCCAAUUGCCUCCGGCAGGCAGAUCAUUCAGAGCCCUACGUACAUUGUGAGGGCCAAGAUUGGCACCCCACCUCAGACCUUGCUCUUGGCUGUCGAUACUAGCAAUGAUGCUGCUUGGGUCCCAUGUAACGGCUGCGUUGGCUGCGGUUCCAAUGUCUUUAAUUCUGCCAAAUCCACAACCUACAAGACCCUCGGUUGCCAAACUGCUCAGUGCAAGCAGGUACCCAACCCCACCUGCUUAGGCAGCACCUGCAGCUUCAACACCAGCUACGGCAGCUCCACCCUAGCCGCAAACCUCUCACAAGAAACCUUCACCCUAGCCACCGACGUCGUCCCCGGGUACACCUUUGGUUGCCUCCAGAAGACCACCGGCAGCUCCGUGCCGCCGCAGGGUCUUCUGGGCCUGGGCCGGGGCCCACUGUCCCUUCUAUCUCAGACCCAAAACCUCUACCAAUCUACAUUCUCAUACUGCCUACCUAGCUUCAAAUCCCUAAACUUUUCUGGGUCAUUGAGGCUUGGACCUGUUGGGCAACCCAAGAGGAUCAAGUACACCCCACUGCUCAAGAACCCUAGAAGAUCAUCACUCUACUAUGUGAACUUAAAUGCAAUUAGGGUUGGUAGGAGAAUUGUGGAUAUCCCUCCUGCUGCCUUGGCUUUCAAUCCUACCACCGGUGCAGGGACCAUCAUUGAUUCAGGCACCGUGUUCACCCGGCUAGUGGAACCGGCCUACGUAGCAGUACGAAACGAGUUCCGCAGGCGGGUCGGUAAAUACCCGUUUCAAACCCUAGGCGGGUUCGACACUUGCUACUCGGUACCCUUUGUUGUACCCACCAUAACGUUCAUGUUCUCAGGCAUGAACGUGACACUGCCAGAAGACAACAUUGUAAUCCACAGCACAGCUGGGAGCAUCACAUGUCUAGCCAUGGCAGCGGCACCAGACAACGUGAACUCUGUGCUCAAUGUGAUUGCCAAUAUGCAGCAGCAGAACCACAGGGUGCUCAUUGAUGUGCCCAAUUCAAGGCUUGGGGUGGCCCGUGAGCGCUGCACUUAAAUCUUUUGUUUGGUUCCCAAGUCCCACGACCAUGUUUGGUAAACUAGGGUUAGCUUACUACUUGUACUGUUUUGAUGUUUUUACUUUGGAUUGGGGUUGUGGCUUUGUUUGGGGUAUUUUGGCCUAUGUGUCAGAGUUUUAAAUUAAUUGCUGACUGACUGUGAAGGUCUUCUCCGAAAGUGGUCUGUAGCAAAAGUCCAGAUUUGAAAUGAUUUGUAGCUUUGUACCGACAUAUAUCACGAGAAAGGGAUCUGUAGCUUUGUGUCCUUUCUCAUGUGUGAUUGAGAUUUGUUUGAUAGGUGGUCGUAGAAUGUCACGGGUUAUUUUGCAAAAGGCUUGCAAGAACCCUGUAUCCAAGGGUUUUGAUUUCAAUAAAUUUCAGUAAUAA